AUGGAGAGCCUCAACGUCGCCGUCAUUGGCGCAUCGGGCGUUGGCAAAUCAUCCUUCGUCCAGCGCGUGCUUGGCCUCUCGCGCCCUCCCAUAACGAAUGCCUCCAGCGUGCGCAUGGUCGUUGACAAUGUCACCUAUGGCGUAACCCUUAUCGAACUCGAUCUCGAAUACUUCGAAUUGGAUCCGUCGCAGCCCAUCCAGUGGCCGAAGCAAAUUAACGGACACAUUGUCCCUCGAGUAGACGGCGCAUUGCUCCUUUACGAUGUCGCAAACAAGGAAAGCAUGAAAGAGUUACCGCAAGCCACAGCCGCCCUGACGAAAUCCGGACUUCCCGCUGUACUCGUCGCCAACAAGUGCGAUCAUCCUGAGAGUGAACGACAGGUUGACGCGCAACGCGUUGCUAGCCACGAAUACUUCAACUCCUGCGUUGGCGUUUUCAACCUCUCAACAAGUAAUCCCGAAAGAGCACGAGCCUGCCUGAACACUAUGCUGAAAGCCGCAAUUACAUAUCGCAAGGAUACACAAGCAUCAGAAGGGGGCAUGUCCCGCCGCCGUGCAGCCUCGGCAGCCAAUCUCGAGGCCCACGACAGCUCGAACGGUCGCCCGCUAAGUCAGCACAGCAAACAUAGCCGAGCGAGCUCUGAUUUGUCGCUUCUUCGAGGUGCCCCCCCUCCCAUCCCAGAUCACCUGCGCGGCCCACCAGUUCCAGGGAGCCCCCGGAUUGCCAACUUCAGCGGCACGUCCUCGACUUCAACAUUCGGAACCGAGACUAUCGAAGAAGAGUCUCAACAAACCGUGUCGAGCCAGCUACGAACACCCGGUAUACGUCUCGACCGCGGACCCACUGACUCAUUCUUGGAUAUGGAGGAGUCGGACGCCGAAUCUUACAGAUACUCCGAGGACAUUACGGUUCUGCAGCGGAACGAUGACAGCUUGCUCGAAAAGCCUAAGCCAACCGGCGUGGCGUUCGACGAAUUGGUGGACCGCCUCAUCGCCCCGCGCAUGACCAAGGCAGACAACAACUUCUCUGACGUGUUUCUCUGCUUGUACCGGAAAUUUGCCGCUCCCGGUGAACUGUUCUCGGCUAUUCUUACGCGCCUCGAUCGCGUGAGAGACGACAAAUCCGCACACUACCUCUCCAAGACUGCGACCCAACUUAGAAUUAUAGAAGUUGUCGCCAAAUGGGUGUCUUUGUAUCCGGGCGAUUUUGCACGCCCUGGUACUAGACGAAACCUGGAGGACUUUAUCAAGCAUCUUUCCACUGAACCUAUAUUCUCCAUCGCCGCCCAGCAAAUCAAGCGCCAUCUCGAACACAGCGUGGUGGAAGACGAUGACACUGGCUGGGCGAAAUCGGAUGAAUUGGCGGAUCAAGAAGGCAGCAAAGUUCUGUCGAAAGACAAGACACGCUCGACAUCAGACAUGUCCAAUGGAAUUGGCACCCUCACAAUUGAUGACGAUAAAAGCUUCGACGACAGGCCAUCCGCCAGCUCCGACUUUUCACAUGUGGACAGGACCAGCGGUGUCGGAACACAUGUCUCGUUUCACUCAUACGAUGAGUAUGAAAGAGAAGCGGCCAACAUGGAGCCGACCGACGUGUUGCCCAUGAAUAAGUUCCGUUACCACAUUUUCAUGGAUAUAUCAGACGACGACAUUGCCGAUGAGAUGACACGCAUAGACUGGGUCAUGUUCUCGUCUAUCCGCAUCAGAGACUUUGUGCGGCAUGUGAGCCUCUCAUUGGAUCAGCGGUCUAAGUGCAAAAGUCUAAGGAACGUUAAUCGGAUGAUUAACCACUUCAACCAUGUGGCGAAAUGGGUAGCCAACCUCAUCCUUCUGCGCGACAAGGCAAAGCACCGCGCGCAAAUGUUGGAGAAGUUUAUGAAUAUUGCGCAAAAGCUUCGACGGCUUAACAACUACAAUGGGCUGGCCGCAGUGCUUGCUGGGAUUAACGGCACUGCAGUUCAUCGACUAGCCCAAACUUGGGCCCUAGUACCGCCAGAGUCACAGAAGUCUUUCGCGAAGCUGGGCAUUCUCAUGGGUACACAAAAGAGUCACUUUGCAUACCGGUUGGCAUGGGAAAACUCACCAUUGCCCCGGAUACCAUACAUUCCACUCCACCGGAGAGAUUUGGUCUCUGCCGAAGAGGGUAGUAAGACAUUUGUGGGCCCAGAUGGUGACAGAGUAAACUGGAAAAAAUUCGAGGUCCUCGGCGAAGUGCUGCUGCCUCUCAUGAAGAGUCAAGGGACUGCAUAUCCGAACCUUACCAAGCACGAAGCGGCCCGGGAACUCAUCUUGGACUGCAGAAUGCCAACGGACGAAGAGGAAAUCUAUCAAAGAAGUGUGCAGGUUGAGAGCACGGCAGGAGGCGGUGCCGAAAUCAACAAGAAGAAAUUUCCCUGGUUUGCCAAAUAG